AUGUCGGUGAAGAAGAGUGAGCCCGCGUCGCAGGAUUCGCUGGUCCAUCCCCAAGUGGCGACCUUUUUUCGGUUGGGCUACAAGAACCACUCCCAGUGGAGUGCCCUCGGCUCCGCUUUCUUUGUCCUCGUCUCGGGUGGCAUGAGCCUGGCCUGGGGGGCAGGAUUCGCCAUCCAUUCGUCGCACCGGGAGCAGCUGCUCCUCACUUUUCACAUGCAAGUGGCCUGGUAUGCCACUGCCACCCUGGGAGCCCUCUUUGGGGCAUUCUUCACUCACCGACUGCCGCAACAACCGAUUUACAUUUUCUGCUCCUGCCUGGUGAUUGCUUCGGGGGUCCUGUUCCUUGCCUGGCCGGAGAGUCCGGGAACCGUGAUCGCAGCCCGCUACUUGGAUGGCCUCGCCAACGGUCUGGUUUUCGUGCCCGCCCUGAGCACAGCGGGCGAGAUUGCAGUGGGUGGAGUCCGGGGUUUCCUGGCCGCUACCGUGGAGCAACUGAGCUCCAACACAGGAAUUCUGAUGCAGCUGCUCUACACAGCCGUUUGGCAGGUGGAGUGGAACGUGGCUAUUGUGGCGGACCAGGUGCACGGAGUGCUCUCGAUAAUCUACGGGGUGGUGGCCCUAGCCAUGGCCUUGGCCCUCUGCGUGGAGUCACCGGUCCACCUGCUGAUGAGGGCCAACGAGCAAAGGGCAGUGGUGGCACUGCGGCACCUGCAACGGCCCUACAUGGUGACCAGUGAGACCCUGUUGCGGCUGGACGAACACAAACUGUAUGUGGCCACCUAUCGGGAGAUGGGCUGGUGGCCGAGUCUCCAAAACGGAUUUCCUUCGCUGGUCAAGGUCCUGGCGCACAGACUACUCGGAAGCAUGUGCCUCAACCUGGUAAUAUGGAGUGCACUGUGCGAAACCGCCAGCGAGGUGGUUAGCUACUUCCAGGCCUGGCCAUAUGUAGUGUUUGGAGUGCUGCGGUGGUGUGGCUGCCUUUGCGUGGCGCCUCUAAUGGACACCACAGGACGCAAGUCCCCCACUCUCUUUGGUACAUUUUCGUCGGGAACUCUCGCCUUCGCCUUUGCCUUUUUGAUGGGCAGGACACCGCAUAUGAUCGCCGCCUUGGUGGUGCUCUUCCUUCUGCAAUUUUUCGCUGGUGUGGGUCAGUCCUCCUCGGCUGUCUACCUUACCGAGGCCUUUCCUCUGAGCCUGAAGCCACAUUUGGUGGCAGUAUCCUAUGUCCUGGAGCAGCUCACACGGCUCGGACUCUGUAGCUUUUCUCCAUCCAGAAGUGACAUUACAGCCUAUUUUCACGUCCUUGGGGGACUCUCCAUGGUGUUUUUUCUCCUCGGAAUUUUCUGUCUUCCGGAGACGAAGGUUAUCCCAUUGGCGGAGGCUCAGCAAAAGUUUUCCAAGUGGUUCAACAAGGAUUUCUGAUAAUAAAUACUUGACUAAGUUAUCACGGCAAUCAAAUACGUUUAUUGUUUUAUG